UGUGAACACUUCAAGUAUUAAAAGGAGCGCCUGAAAACAUUUUCGUCCCUUGACCACUAAAACAGCAUCUUGCAGUUUGAUUCUGUUUGUAAAGAUGUCUUUCAAAGGCAAUAGAAGCGGAGUAUCUAGAACGGUAUCUUCUGGUAUCGUCUCCAUUUCGUCCGGGGAAUUGCAUACCUUGACAACCUGUAACUGCGAAAUUGCAGUGCUGCCUGUGGAGCUCCUAUUCGAGCUGCAGAUCCCAUAUUUCCAGAAGAAUGACAACACCAUCACAGUUCAUAACCAGCUAGGGGGUUACAGUGUUUUCUGUGAUGGAAAAGUGGAGGCAGGGACAGAAACGUAUACCAUCAGGAACUACAUCGAGAGGUCAAAUCAGCUGAAAGGCCAUGCAGAUUAUAAAGACUACAGAGAAACCUUGUUGACUAGCCCUAUUGUACUCUUCACCAAAGCAAGGAAGACAAAUCAAGAGUCCCCAAGAGACAAAACAUUUGCAGUCAUUGUAAACACACGCCAUCCCAACAUACGAGCUGAGAUUGAGAAAGGUAUGAACAGUGCCAUAACAUCGGUUUGGGGAGAAAGUUACAGUCUUCAGUUUGACUUCCAAAGGGCCAUCAAGCAGUUCUUCUCAACUGUCAAUUAUGACACAGAUGGAGAAGGCCUGUCAAUUUCCUUCGAGUUCAAAGCUGACGCUUUAUUUGACAUUUCAUAUAUGUUCGGGUUUAGCAAAAGGAAGGCUGAAGUAAAUGGAAGGGUUUUGAAUCUGUUUUCUGCCAAUGAAGAGAAGAGGAAAAAAGUGAAAAUGUUCCUGGACAAAAUCAGCGAGCCUUACAUCAGACGAAGCAGUAUGCCAGAUCGCAAAAUGAGCCUUUUCUCAAUGGGAUCAAUAGAUGAAGAGGUUUUCAAUUCUGUGCCUUGUAACAUGGGCCCGAGAACAUCAUUGCUUGAAUCUACUCACCCUGCCAUUGCGGAAGAAUCAACAAGCUAAAGCUGAAAACACACCUACCUUGAUUUUUAAAACUGACUCAAGGGAAGAAGAAGAAGAAGAAGAAAGACCAUUUGAUGGCAAAGAUGUUGCUAAUUUUGUAUAAAUGUCUGUAAUGACUGUUUCUAAGAAUGUCUGUUCAAAGCACUGUAUCGGUACAAUGUUGUGUUUUCCAGUAGCCACUGUAAAUAUUAUUUGUUUGGGUUAAACUUAAGGUGACUGAAAAUAUAAUAUUUUAUUUUCCUUAGUAAAACAAAAGGUGAAACGUUGAAUAAGGGGAUGACAGUAAACAAUCCUAGAAUUA